GGUACAAACCAAGAGAGAGCGCGAACGGGACUGAGCACCAAGAACUAGAAGCUUCUCGAUAUUUCCAGGAGCGUCUUCGUUGUUUCCUCUCUCGGCUCCUCCUCGAUGGUUCCGUCUUCCUCAUCGGAACCCAGAGCGAUGGAGAUCGAAGGAGGAGUAGGCGGGGACGAUGACGACCACGCGGCGGCGGCGGCCAUGGAGCUCUACGGAGGAGGAGGCAGCGAUGACCACGGCGAGCCGCCGCCGCCGCCCCCGCGGAUGUUCCGCGGAUGGGGUGGAGGCGGAGGCGGACGAGGCGACGCUGAGCCAGUCCCGUGAUGCUGAAGUUUCGCGCUGACGUCGGCGACGGCGAGGUCAUCGUCCCUGUACGCGAGGUCACGGGGCGGGUGCUCAGGCAGGUUCUAGAAUACUGCGAGAUGCACGCACGCCAUGACGCCGCGUCUUCGGCGUGCGGCGACGAGGCUGCGCGGGAGCGCCUGCGGAAGGAGAUUGAGGAGUGGGACGCGCGGUUCAUCGACGUUGACCUCUCCGCGUUCUACGACCUCCUCAUGGCAGGUGGGGGGCCUUCAAGACCUAGCUGUGCUCGAAUAAGUUCGCUAGUAUGGUAAAGGGGAAGAGUCUGAAGCAGAUCCACACACUUUUUAGCAUCGAGGAAGAUGAGUUCACGCCUGAGCAACGGGUGGACAUCCUGAACGAGCUAUUGAAGCAUCAAAUCAAACCACAUUGAGCCAGUUCAACCAACUUACUAAAUCAAAAUCAAUUCGGAAUCAAGAGGACAACCGAACCACACCAAACGAUCCAACUGCACCAAUCACAACUUGAUAGUUUUCGAAUUUAUAAAUUUGUAUUCUUGAGAGUAUAUGGUUGUAACC